ACUUGUGUGAAAAGAAAAAAAUUAGCGAGAGCCAGCCCUCUUAAGUCUCAAGUUCUUAUUCACGGUUGCCACUCCUGCUUUUCGCUGCCACUAUUUCCGUCUCUGAGUUCUGAUCUGAGCUCACUCAGUCCGUGUCACGCUCAACCAACCAAGGAGUAGCUAUGAGCAAGAAGAAAAACCUGUGUGUAUUCCUAGAUGUUUCGAUCAAUGGGGAUCCCGCAGAAAGAAUCGUCAUCGAGCUUUUUGCAGAUGUGGUACCCAGGACAGCAGAAAAUUUCCGGGCACUUUGCACGGGUGAGAAGGGGAUUGGAAAGACUACUGAGAAAGCCCUUCACUACAAGGGUUCACAAUUUCAUCGAAUAAUUAAGGGAUUUAUGGCCCAAGGAGGUGAUUUUUCAAAGGGAAACGGCACUGGCGGAGAAAGUAUUUAUGGAGGGAAGUUUGCUGAUGAGAGUUUUAAAUUGCGGCACGAUGGACCUGGUUUUCUCUCUAUGGCAAAUAGUGGUCCAAACACAAAUGGGUCGCAGUUUUUCAUAACCUUUAGGCGGCAACCUCAUCUUGAUGGGAAACAUGUUGUUUUUGGGAAAGUUGUGAAGGGAAUGAACAUAAUUGAGAAAAUUGAGCAGGAGGGAACAGCUGAUGGGAAACCUUCUGGAAUCGUGAAGAUUGUAGAUUGUGGUGAAACUUCUGCAAGCAAAAUUCAAACUGCAGUUGAGAAAGAGACUGGGAAAAAGAAAAAAUCAGGGAAGGCACCAGCCUCCGAGGAUAGUUCUGGUAAGGGUGUCAUAGGAAGAAAGAAGAAGUCCUUGAAGGACAAAAGAAGGAAAAGAAGAAGAAAAUACUCUUCAUCGGAUUCAUACAGCUCUGAUUCUGAAUCUGAAUCCUCUUAUUCAGAUUCUGAUUCAGAAUCAGAUUCAGCGUCCGAUUCAGAUUCGUCGUUAUCUGACUCAAGUUCUAGUGAUGGAAGGCGUAGGAAGAAAAAGUCUACAAAAAGAGAUAAAUAUCACCGUGGGAGGAAUAGAAGGGAUAGACAAAGGGAGAGGAAGAGAGGCCGACAUGAAAAACGACCAAGGCGCAAGUCCAAACGUAGAUCGGAGAGCUCCAGUGACACAGAAAGUGAGAGUUCCAGUGGCAGAAGUGGCUCUGACAGUGAUAACAAAGAUCACCGUGUCUCCUCACGUAAAGCUAAGAACUUAAAGGAUGCUGAAAAUAAACCAACGAGGACUCUUGAUGUGGAAAAGGAAUCCCCCAAUGGAGUAAGAGAAACUGCUGUAAAACUAAGUACGAGUCAUGAGAUGAAGACAGCUCAGGGGAACUCAUCCCAAGAGGAAGGUGAAUUAUCUCCAAAGAAUGUACUUUUAGACAAUGGACAUGGUGCAGAAACUAAAGGUGGUAAUCUACAAUCACAUCCAGAUGACUCGAGCAAUUCAAGAAGUCCGACUCCCAAAAGGUCGAAACAUAGCCCUAGGAGCAGUCCUAGCAGAAGUCCUAAACGAAUCCCCCGUCGUAGUCCUGCUAGGAAAUCUGGAGAGCAAGAUAGAGGAGGGUCUUCAAGGAGUCCCUUGCGUAGUCCCAUUCGCAAGUCCCCUGAACCUCCUGCUCCCACUCGUGGUCAGGGCUUAUCAAGAAGCCCUUCUCCAAAUGGCGGUCAGAAACGUGUUAGGAAAGGACGUGGCUUCACUGAUCGCUACUCUUAUGCACGUCGGUACCGUACUCCUUCUCCAGAUCGCUCACCUCGUGGUUACCGCUAUGGUGGAGUAAAGUUUUAUGGAAGGAACACUGAUAGAUAUUCAAGCUACAGACGUUUUGCUGACCGGUCACCACGUAGACGUAACCAAAGUCCACCAAGAGGCCAGAGCCCUCCCAGGUAUCGAAACCGAAGAAGUCGCAGUAGGAGUCUCUCCCGUAGUCCACGGAAUUAUCGUAGCCGCUACAGGGAACAUAGCCGGAGUCGGAGCCCUAUUCGCAGCCCUAGUCCUGUGGAGAAGCGACUACCUGUAAGUGAGGGACUAAAAUCCCGCCUGGGUCCCCGAAUUGAUCAUCAGCGCUCCCCAAAUAAGGAUGGCACGGGGUCCAGGUCCAGGAGUAAAGGAUCCUCUGACUCGAGAUCUCCAGAUGCCACACCAGCAAGACGUCAGGACAGAAUGUCUGCGUCCCCGAGCAGAUCAAUAUCAAGUUCCCCAUCUGGACAAAGGGGGUUGGUUUCAUAUGCAGAUAUCAGUCCUGAUACAAGGUAGUUUCAACUGGCAUCUUGGUGGAGACUGGAGAGGCUGUCUCUCGUUCUCCUAUGGCUGCAAAAUAGUGUUUUGGUGAAAAUGCUUUGAAGCUCGUAUCUUGGACUCGGUUAGUGGAUCCGGAUCUAGAUUCUGGACGCCAGAAGAGUUCUUUUUCCUUCUUAUUUUCGGAGAUAAUUAAGAGUUUGUUAAGCUUUCUAUUUAUUUUUUUCUUAAGAACAAGU